GGAUACAAAAACAAAAAACCAAAAACAGAUUUGAAGCUUUGGAGCUCUUUCUCUCUGGCGUGCGCUAGACGACUUACUCUUCUCAGUGCUUUUGAGUACAAAAUUUCUGCGUUUUCUUUCACUUUCUCGCUAACUUUCUCGGAAAAUCUCCCGAUCAGAUAGAUGAAGAAUAAAGGAGAUGCAAAGUUGCGUGCAAGACUGUCAAGGAAGGAGCUUCAAUCUUUGUGUAAGAAGUAUGGUUUGCCUGCAAAUAGGUCAAGUUCAGAAAUGGCUAAAUCUUUGGCUUCUUUCUUUGAGAAGAACACAAAUUCAAUACUCUCUGGAAAAAGAUUAGGUGAGGUCAGAGCGGUUUCAGUUCCUGCAUGUUGCAAAGCAGCACUGCUGCCUGGGGCAUCGGCUAAUCCUUUGGAGUAUCCCAGAGAAGAUAGACAUGAACUGCACUCCUGCUUAAGAGAGGGAGGGAACAGAAGAAAAAUUUCUCAAAGUUUUAGAAGUAAUGAAUUCGAUCAUUGCUCGGGGGAUAAAACUUAUGAUGGGGAAAGCCAUGGUUGCUCCAUGUUAUGUUUCCAGGCAACAUCAAACUGUCAUUUUGUUUCUCAAUGGGGUAGGAAUGAUUUUGACAGCCAAGUGUCUCCCACGACAAACUGGUGCCAGGAUUCUUCAGGUAUUGCAAGAGAUAACUGGGUGGAGGAUAUUUACCCAAUUCAACAAAUAAAUGUAACAGAUGUAAACUCUGAUUCAUGCCCUACCAAAGACAUUUUCCCUUCUACAAGCACUUUUAAAGCAGCUUCUUCAUCUUCUUUCGAGUUUUAUGUCCGCAAUGAAGAGGGGAUUAACCUUUGUGUUGACCUGAGUUCUAGCCCAUCAGACUGGAUUCAAAAGUUGAAAAGUGAAGUUAAUAUUUAUGAGAACAUGUGUCAGAACAAGUCUUCUAGUUUUCCUCAGGAGCUUGGGCACUUCAGAGAGAGUAACAUACAGCUAAAAAAUUCCUUUCUACAAAAUAUAGAUGGUCAACAAGUCAAGGAUGGCAAUGUGCCUUCUGGCUCUUCCCCAAGUGAAUUUAUGAAAGAAAAUAAAGACUCAAUGCUCAAUGAACCUGAUGGAGGUGAUGGAUCUUUAACAUCUAUUGCAAUAAAACCAAGCAGCAUUGCUGUGGUUGUGUCUGAGCAUUUACAGGAAGAUAAAGGACUUGUCUCUUCGGAACCCAAUUCUGAUGUACCUGAUGGUACUCGUUCUUGUACUGAUGAAAAUGGAUGUUCAACAAUUGUCGAUUCAGAUGUUAAUACUCCUGGGAAAAAAUUAUCUAGAAAUUUUUUUGUAAGUAUAUUAGAUUGUCCAAAAAGUCUUGCCACAUUAGAACAUCAGAAUUCAAGGCCCAGCAGUGAAUUCUGGGAGUACUCGACAGUGGAAAACAGUUGCAGCCUUGCAAAUUCUCAGGUGGUAACUGCUGGUUGCCCAACUGGUGGUUCUAAGGAGGUGUCACUGUUGGGGGCUGAGAUUCAGCAGAAAGACGCAUCAUCCAUACCUUGUAAAAAUGGUGAAUUUGUAAUGGACAAUACAGAAACAGAACAAAGUACAUUAGCCAAUUCAAGUGAGCCUGAUAUUGGCAUUGGCAGGACUCAUUUGCCUACAUCUGUUGAAGAAUGGGAAGGGAACAAACCUGUCGAUGGAGGGGAGAGCUCAGAAUGCUCACAAUUGGAUAAUUCACUUGGCAAGACUUGUUUAAGGGUUCAUAACUCAAGAUCUGACGAAGAACGUAACAAAAAGAGGCCUCAUAUGGACAGUACGAGGAUUUUAAGAAGCGCCAAGCAUAUGGCUGGGAAGGUCCUCCUGAGGAGGUCCAAACGGCUGGUUCCUAAAGUUCUUCCUUGAUUCUUCCCUUUAGUCAUCCAAUUGCAUAAAAUGAAAUCAUUACAUGAUCUGCAUAACGUUUUUAUGAUGACCUCAAAGGUGCAAUAAUCAUAAUCAUCAGAUCAUGUAUUACUCUUAUAUAAUGUUUAUCCUCUAUAGCCAUUUGAUCCAAUUCAUCUGCUUUUCAUUAUACCCAAAUUGAACUGGAUGAUCACUCAUUUAUUCUUUUUAGUGAAUAAAUUUGGUGCAAAAACAUAAACAAGAACUAGAAAAUGAGCAUCUAGAGUGAUUGAUGUUUUUAUCUAUAUAUGGAAAUUUCUGGAUUA